AUGGCGGCGGCGGCGGCGACUGGCCGCUUCUGGCUGUGGGUCGCCCUGCUGCUCCCCGCAGCCGCGGUCUACGAAGACCAAGUGGGCAAGUUUGAUUGGAGACAGCAGUAUGUUGGGAAGCUCAAAUUUGCCUCCUUGGAAUUUUCCCCUGCAUCCAAGAAGUUGAUUGUGGCUACUGAGAAGAAUGUGAUUGCAGCAUUAAAUUCUCGGACUGGGGAGAUCUUGUGGCGCCAUGUUGACAGGGGCACAGCGGAAGGAACUGUGGAUGCCAUGCUGCUGCAGGGGCAGGAUGCCGUCACAGUGUCCAAUGGAGGUCGGAUCAUGCGUUCCUGGGAGACUAACAUCGGGGGUCUGAACUGGGAGAUUACCUUGGACAGCGGCAGUUUCCAGGCCCUGGGGCUGGUUGGCCUGCAGGACUCCGUGAGGUUCGUUGCCGUCCUGAAGAAGACCACUCUUGCCCUCCAUCACCUCUCCAGUGGGCAUGUCAAAUGGGUAGAACACCUCCCAGAAAGUGACAGCAUUCAUUACCAGAUGGUGUAUUCCCGCGGCUCUGGGGCGGUGUGGGCGCUCGGCGUUGUCCCCUUCAGCCAUGUGAACGUCGUCAAGUUUAACGUGGAAGAUGGAGAGAUUGUCCAGCAGGUCAGGGUCUCCACCCCCUGGCUGCAGAGUCUCACCGGCGCCUGCGGCGUGGUGGGUGAGGCCGUCCUGGUGUGCCCUGACCCGAGCUCGUGGUCCCUCCAGACCUUAGCCCUGGAGACGGAGUGGGAGUUGAGGCAGAUCCCCCUGCAGCAUCUCGACUUAGAAUUCGCAGAUGGAUUCCAACCCCGGGUCCUGCCUACACAGCCCAACCCAGUGGCUCCUUCGCGGGCCCAGUUCUUCCUGCAGCUGUCCCCAAGUCACUACGCUCUGCUGCACUACCACGACGGGGCCGUGAGUCUGCUCAGAAACUUCCCACAGACUGCCCUCGUGAGCUUUGCCACCACCGGGGAGAAGACAGUGGCUGCAGUCAUGACCUGUCGGAAUGACGCUAGACCUAGCAGUUCCGAAGAUGGGCCGGUUGGGGGCCUUGCGGAGAAGGCUGGCCCCCAGGACUCACUGACUUGCUUCAACCAGACAUACACCAUUAACCUCUACCUCGUGGAGACGGGCCGGCGGCUGCUCGACACCACCAUCACCUUCACCUUGGAGCAGAACGGCACUCGGCCUGAGCGGCUGUUCAUCCAGGUGUUCCUGAAGAAGGAUGACUCUGCUGGCUACCGGGCCCUGGUGCAGACAGAGGAUCACCUGUUGCUUUUCCUGCAGCAGCUGGCAGGAAAGGUGGUGCUGUGGAGUCGCGAAGAAUCCCUGGCUGAGGUGGUGUGUCUGGAGAUGGUGGAUCUCCCCCUGACCGGGGCGCAGGCAGAACUUGAAGGGGAAUUCGGCAAGAAGGCAGCGAUUCAAGAUGGCCUGCUGGGGAUGUUCCUGAAACGCCUCUCUUCCCAGCUCAUCCUGCUUCAGGCAUGGACUUCCCACCUCUGGAAAAUGUUUUACGAUGCUCGCAAGCCCCGGAGUCAGAUUAAGAAUGAGAUCAACAUUGACACCCUGGCCAGAGAUGAAUUUAAUCUCCAGAAGAUGAUGGUGAUGGUAACAGCCUCCGGCAAGCUUUUUGGCAUUGAGAGCAGCUCGGGCACUAUCCUGUGGAAACAGUACCUCCCCAGUGUCAGGCCAGACUCCUCCUUUAAGCUGAUGGUCCAGAGAACCACGGCCCAUUUCCCCCACCCACCACAGUGCACCCUCCUGGUGAAGGACAAGGAGACAGGAAUGAGUUCUCUCUAUGUCUUCAACCCCAUUUUUGGGAAGUGGAGUCAGGUGGCCCCGCCAGUGCUGAAGCAUCCCAUCUUGCAGUCUUUGCUUCUCCCCAUUAUGGAUCAAGACUAUGCCAAGGUGCUGCUGUUGAUAGAUGAUGAGUAUAAGGUCACAGCUUUUCCAGCCACUCGGAAUGUCUUGAGACAGCUCCAUGAGCUUGCCCCUUCCAUCUUCUUCUAUCUGGUGGACUCAGAGCAGGGACGACUAUCUGGAUAUCGACUUCGAAAGGAUCUCACCACUGAACUGAGCUGGGAGCUGACCAUCCCCCCGGAAGUGCAGCGCAUCGUCAAGGUGAAGGGGAAGCGCAGCAGCGAGCACGUUCAUUCCCAGGGCCGCGUCAUGGGGGACCGCAGCGUGCUGUACAAGAGCCUGAACCCCAACCUGCUGGCUGUGGUGACGGAGAGCACAGACGUGCACCACGAGCGCACCUUCGUCGGCGUCUUCCUGGUCGACGGUGUCACCGGGCGCAUCAUCCACUCCUCCGUGCAGAGGAGAGCCAAGGGCCCCGUCCACAUCGUGCACGCGGAGAACUGGGUGGUGUACCAGUACUGGAACACCAAGGCCCGGCGCAACGAGUUUACCGCUCUGGAGCUCUACGAGGGCACGGAGCAGUACAAUGCCACCGCCUUCAGCUCCCUGGACCGCCCCCAGCUGCCCCAGGUCCUCCAGCAGUCGUAUAUCUUCCCCUCCUCCAUCAGCGCCGUGGAAGCCACCAUCACCGAGCGGGGCAUCACCAGCCGGCACCUGCUCAUUGGGUUACCGUCCGGUGCAAUUCUUUCCCUUCCCAAGGCCUUGCUGGAUCCCCGCCGUCCUGAAAUCCCAACAGAACAAAGCAGAGAGGAGAACCUCAUUCCGUAUUCCCCAGAUGUGCAGAUACACGCAGAGCGAUUCAUCAAUUAUAACCAGACGGUUUCUCGAAUGCGAGGUAUCUACACAGCUCCCUCGGGCCUGGAGUCCACCUGUUUGGUGGUGGCCUACGGCUUGGACAUCUACCAAACGCGCGUCUACCCCUCCAAGCAGUUUGACGUCCUGAAGGAUGACUAUGACUACGUGCUGAUCAGCAGUGUCCUCUUCGGCCUGGUUUUCGCCACCAUGAUCACUAAGAGACUGGCACAGGUGAAGCUCCUGAACCGUGCGUGGCGGUAAAGCCUGAGGACCCCUGCCAGGGAGUGCCCCAGGGGGCCCGGCAGGGCGAGCAGCAGCGGCAUGAGAUGGGUCGGCGCUCACAGUCGUGGGGCAGAAGAUGGACUUUCACGGAGGCGCCUGUGGGAGCCACUGCCGCAGAGCGACCCACGGGAAGAGGCUGCCAGCCCUCGCUCUCCCAGCUGGGCCCUCCCAGCGUCUCACUGGCCUUUGCCCUGAGCCCCAGGGCCACUGCCUUUUGCCCUCUUUGGCAGUCCAUGAGCGUUGCUCCCCACCCCAUUUUUUUUUUAAAUUGUGAGGCCUCCAACAGAUUUUUCUCUUUUGUGAGACCUAUUUAAAUUGAUUUUUCUUUGCCCUGUGUCCCAGGUUUAUCUAGAAGCCCUUCAGACUAUCUCCCUGUCACUUGCUUCACAGUUGGAAGCUCUUACCAGUAACUCCGCAGGAUUAGGCCCACGUGCUGUUUUACGGGGAGGAAGAAGACCCGCCCUUAGCUGAGGUUUGAGGACUGACAGACCUCCCAGGGCUCUCUCCAGAGUAGGUUAGGGCUGGGGAAUCUACCGGCCAUCAAACCGUGUUUUAACUGAGCCUCUAGUUAUGCGAUCUCGGGGCGGAGCCACCCGUCUGCUUCAGGUUGUCAGAAGCCAAGUGCACAGUCGCCUCUUGGUCGGUCACGGCCUCUGGUUUUCAUCUGACAUGCUAGAGCUGAGCCUCAGAGUACUGAGUCGCCUGAACCCUGACUCCACGUCAAGGGGGGCGAAUCUGCCCAUCAGCAGGCUGACCUGCUUGUCUUUUCACCUCAGUUGGCCUUUUUAAGAAUCUCAUUAUUUAUUUUUGGUUUUAGAUAGAAGUUGGCCUGUUUCAAAUCUGAUUGUGGCUUUAAGGAGGCGAGAAAACGGUAGGGGCGGAAGCUGGUGGGUGCGGAUGUGGUGAGGCGGGGCGGCCGCUGGCUCUGCUUUAAAUUAAAGAGGUCCUCCAGGUGUUCCCUUAUUCACGCACUUGGGGAGGAUGGAGUGUUUUUUUCCCUGUGGAGACUGAAAUGUUCAGAGACUAGACCAUCUCUAGCCCUGUGGGGACAUGCAAGUGUCUGAAUAAAGCUAGUGAUGAAUGAUG